UGGUACGGCUCCAUGCAGACUAUCAAGUUCGGGCGAGCGUCGGCGAGUGCGGCUUUCCUUCGUACGCCCAAUCUCGGUCCCCGAACACACCUAUAUACUAACAGACUGAUUAUUUCGCAGUUUUUACACAUGUGACGCACGUUUUACGAAGUUAUAGAACAUAGUGCUUCUUCAAGCAACAAGUUAAAAUUAUAAAUUACCCCAUAACCCCAUGCGUGUGAAACUGUGAAAGAAGGCAGCCGUAGCGGAUAACCUUGAUCCUUAACUACAGUGUGACGUGUAGCUUGUGUAAACAAAUAGCGGUUUGAUAUAGAUUCUUGAUGUGUUCACAAAGCCGGACUCUCUCCACUUCUCAGUUUCGAGAUAACGCAGCAGCAGUAACUAACUCACGAUUAGAUUCGCCUAGUUGAGCAUUCCUAGCCCUAGACUUGACAGAUUUCACUUAUGCAGGUAUGGAUAACGAUUGCAGGAAUGGUGUGCCUUUUUCCCGGAGUGGCGACAAGGAGCAGGACGAGAAAUUACUACAACCAUUUACUUACAUACUCCAGGUACCAGGAAAACAAAUCAGAGGAAAACUUGCACAUGCUUUUAAUUACUGGUUAAAAAUAUCAUCAGACAAGCUUAAUUCUGUUGGAGAUAUCAUACAGAUGCUUCAUAAUUCUAGCCUUUUAAUAGAUGACAUUCAAGAUAAUUCCAUCCUUCGCAGAGGAAUUCCUGUUGCUCAUUCUAUUUAUGGAGUUGCUAGUACAAUAAAUGCUGCUAACUACGUUUUAUUUGUUGCCUUAGAACGAGUGCUUUCUCUCAAUCAUCCAGAGGCAACCCAAGUAUACACAGAACAGCUUUUAGAGCUUCACAGAGGCCAAGGCAUGGAAAUUUACUGGAGAGAUAAUUUUAUAUGCCCUUCGGAGGACGAAUACAAAACUAUGACAAUGCGCAAAACUGGAGGAUUAUUUAACCUGGCUGUUCGUUUGAUGCAACUUUUCUCUGAUUGUAAAGAAGAUUUUACUCCAUUGGCUGGAGUUUUGGGCUUAUAUUUCCAAAUAAGAGAUGAUUACUGUAAUCUCGUUUUGCAGGAAUACUCUGAAAAUAAAAGUUAUUGUGAAGAUUUGUCAGAAGGAAAGUUCAGCUUUCCUGUGAUUCAUGCUAUCAAAAGUGACAAAAAUGAUGGUCAAGUUCUAAAUAUUCUUCGUCAGCGUACAAAAAAUGUUGAAGUGAAGAGAUAUUGUGUAAAUUUGUUGGAAAAAUUUGGUUCAUUUGCAUACACAAGAAAAGUAUUGACAGAUCUUGAUAAACAAGCCAGACACGAAAUUGAAAGACUUGGUGGAAAUCCAUACUUAUUGAAUGUUCUUGAUGAAUUACUAACUUGGAAACAAAAAGAAGAUUUUAUUCUUAAUGUACAAUCCGAAAAUUGUUAA